GUGAUUCAGUUUGAAGUCUUCUUUUAUCCAAUAGUAAUAAAGAACUCGAUGGAAACCGUUAUCCUCUCCCGCUAACGAUUAACGAAACAGCAGAUAGACACAGACAGAGACUGGCAGACGUUUCAGAUAAACCAAACAGCAAUCUUCCAACCCCAAGCAAGUGAGAUCACUUCCUUCUCUCUCUCUGGUCCUGUUCCAAGGGUUUUUGAGUUUCGCUGCGAUAGGGUUUAGGGUUUUGUUGCUCUUUUUGGGCUUUCUUAUGAGGAACAUCUUCAAUUUUGUGGACAAUAAUGCUGAUAUUUGUUUAGAAAAGGAUAAAACAUUUGUGGGUCUUAAAAGGGUUCCGAUUUUUUCGGGUGGUGUUGCUAUGUGAAACCAAUUGAGCAGAUUUUGGACUGCUUUAUGUGUUUACGAGGCUGAAAAAUGUUGGCUUCUCUGCACCUUCUUAAUGAGCAAUUCAACUUUCCUGUCCAAAAUCUUGAUGUUUUCGAAUCAAAGUAUGUCUCGUGAGUCCUUGAAUCGUCACAAAUCCUUGUAUAUUGUUGUUCAACGGAGCAGUGGAAGGACGCGGAUAUGCGGUCUCACUCCCCAUGCGAAGAAGAACAGCCAUUCAGGGAACAAAAGUUGGUGGCGGAAGUUUUUUUUCCAGGAUGGCGGGAAUUGGCUUGGCAAGGAGGAUGAGGAUAUGGUUGAGGGGGAGGCGUUUUAUAGCUCAAGCGAAGAUGAGUUGUCUGAAGGAGAAAAAUUCGAAGAAUGGAAGAGGAGGGCUGAGGCAAUUAUGGAGUUGAGGGAAGCACAGGAAGAUAUGCGAAAUGAAGAGAAUCGUAGUUGGGAAGAUUGGGUAGUGGACGAGACAAAUGAUGCUAGUAGUAGUAGUUCAUCGUGGGAUGGAGGAGAUUGGAACGAUAGGCACGAGAAAUGGAGAGAAGAUGUAAGGGCGGAUCCUAGUCAGAUGAUUCCUCGGAGAGGUUUGGUUGAGUAUGUAAGAGAUUUUGUGGAGGGGAGUGAAGAUGAGGACAUGCUAUACGAGGAUCGUGUGUUUCGAUAUGCUUCGAUUAAUUCAGCAAAAUUUUUGGCAGUAUUGGUAAUCAUACCGUUGACAUUGGAUUUUUUGGUUCAUGACUUUGUUCUCAUGCCUUUUUUGGAAAGGUAUGUAAAGACUGUACCACUUGCAGCAGAGAUGCUUGACCUGACAAGACAUCAAAAGCUGGAAUUGGUUAAGGAAAUAAAACUAGAAAAAGCAAGAUACCGGCUUGAGGUAGAAAUUGGCAAAUCUCCUCCUCUUUCUGAUGAGGAGGUUUGGUUGGAGUUACGACAUAAAGCGUUAGAGUUGCGAGAUGAACGAAGGUUAGCAAAUCGUAGUGCAUUUGCUAAUAUAUUGUCAGACAUGGUAUUUGGGAUCUCGUUCUUCAUUCUUUUAUACACCAACAAAAGUAAAGUAGCUUUGCUAAAAUUCACAGGCUAUAAAAUAAUUAACAAUACAACAGAUGCUGGGAAGGCAAUUGUUCUCAUCUGUCUCGCUGAUAUGUGGCUGGGAAGCCAUUCUGAAGUUGGUUGGCAUGCUUUGACAGAGAUAGCCCUUGAGCAUUAUGGCCUUGAGGUUGAUGAGGCUGCUAUAACCAUAUACAUCUGCACUGUUCCAGUUUUCCUUGAUUGUUGUGCGAAGCUUUGGUUGUUCAAUAACCUUCCACGGUUGUCCCCAAAGGUGGAAAGAAUCAUCCAGGAUAUGAAGUGGAACUAGUCGAUUUCUUUGCCGGAUUUUCUUGUCAUCUAAAGUAGCAGACAAGGUAUUACAUUCAUCAAUGUUACGGUUUCCAUAUAGAGGAUUGUCUUGAUUUUUAGCAGGAUCGGAUAGGUAUCAGGCUUUUGAGGCGGCUGAAAUGGAGCUUCUUAUUCUUUGUGUAUAGCUUGUCAUUUUUUGCCCAUAUUAAAAUGAAUAAUCGUAGAAGCAUUAUUGGAUAAUACAUUUUCGAGAUCUCAUGAUCGCCCAAAUUUCUGAGAGCGUACAUCAAUCGAAAAUUUUCAGGUUACUAUUGUUUUUGGCAAUGAUUAAUUCAGACAUCAGUUGAAGCU